AUGAAGAGAAGUGGUGUAUUCUGGGAUGUAUUUUACAUCAUCGUGGUUGCCACGGUUUGCUCGGCACAGGAGACGUGUGAACCCAGAUUUACGGUGAUAGAAAACCACAGCGCAUGUCUGAAUAAAUCCGCGGAGGUGGGAAGCAGUGGUGUGACAGAGCUUGAGAAGAAAGAGAUAGUCGACACACACAAUUUGUUAAGAUCCCAAGUGAACCCCCCAGCCACAAAUAUGAUGAAAAUGAGUUGGGAAAAUGAUCUUGCACUAGUGGCCCAAAAAUGGGCGGAGAACUGCGAGUUUAAGCAUGACGGGAAUUAUCAGAGGCGGAUCCCAGGGCGAUUUUCGGCAGGGCAGAAUUUGGGGUGGGCAGGUGGCAGAAGAACUUGGAAUGCCACUAUAAACUCGUGGUACUCCGAGGUCUCCAAAUUCACUUAUGGGGAACCGAAUCAGUCAGGAGUCGGUCACUAUACUCAGGUUGUAUGGGCAGACUCUAUAAAAGUGGGUUGUGGCUACGCCCACUGCCAAACGCAAAGUGCACACUAUUACGUGUGUAAUUACUCUCCAGCAGGAAAUUCUAACAAUAAGGACCCGUAUGAAAACGGCACCAGUUGUGCUAACUGUCCCGGCAAAUGUGAAAAUAACCUUUGUAAUUGUGAUGGAGUGAUAUGUGAAAACGAUGGUAUACUGGACUUGACCACGUGCACGUGUCAGUGCUCACUGAACAGACCUUACUACACGGGCAUCCAGUGUGCACUGAACUGCUCCACUUUGACGCCUGACCCCUCUUUCUGUGGUUCGUCAGUGACCAUCGCCCAGUGUGCCCAGUAUGCUAACGUACCAUACACGUGUCCCGUUCUUUGUAAUGUGUGCAACUACACUUUAGCGUCUGUCGCUGAGGCGACAACAACUACAAUACCCUCCACCUCGACCACCAAUUCCAUAAUGACCACAACAGUACCUCUGACGUCAUCAGAGACGAUGCGGUCAACUACGUCACAGAUCGCACAAACAACUACAAUGUCAAUAACAAACCCAGGCAGACAACGUAGCGGAGCUCGUUCAGCGUUCAUUUACGCUGGUCUCUCUCAUCUUCUACUACAGAUGGCGGUUGUCGUUUUAAGAAUAAACAUAUGAAUUAAACAUGGAUUAGUCGAAAAUUUCCAGUGCCGUAGCUUCCAUUGAGGCAACCGAGUCAGCUGCCUCGGUAAAAAAAAACACCUUUUACGUUGUUAAAAUGUCGAUAGCUUCUGGGGAGCGCAGCCCCCAUGCCUCAGUAAUAUUCGAACCCAAGCUACGCCUAUGAUUUCUCUAACAAUUUGAAAAAAAUUGAGCUCGUAUCAUUUGCAUAAUUUUUAAUCGUCAAUACCUGAAUAAAUUGCAUUAAUUUCAUUGUUGUUAUUUUUUUCACUUGAACUAUUUUGAGUCCCUGUAUAUGAAUGAGAUAAAAAUGAUUGAUUUAUUAGAAAAUGAACCAACUCUGUGCAGUCCCUGUUAUAUCAUACCAGUGAUUUUUGAGAAGAUUUUCCCUAUAUCAGAAUGUAAAACUUUGACCCCCUAUCGAAGCCCCACCCUACCCGGGGGGGGGGGGGGGGGGAGGGGGGGAGGGGGGGGCAAGAUUUUCACAAACUUGAAAUUGCACUAUCAGGAAUCUUUCAUGUAAAUUUCAACUUUCAGGUCCAAUGGUUCUUGAGAAGAUUUUAAAAGAUUCUCCAUAUUAUAUUCAAUUGUAAAACUUUGAUCCCUUAUUGUGGCCACCCUACCCCCAGGGGCCAUGAUCUUAACAUAGUGUAGCGAACAAUAUAGAGGGAACUUAUAUUGUCUCGCUAGAUAGCUAGCUUUUCUAAUGAUGUGGUAAAGUAUUUCUAAUCGCGUGAUCAGCCCUUGGAUGGGUGUCCGCUAUACACAAUACAAAUUGGUGGCAGCGUAAUGACUUUGGUGUUGGGUGGGACGCCUGCUUCGGGUAUAGUUUCUUUGGAGCUCUGGGACACAGGCACUUGGGGCAUGGAUCAGCACCCACCCACCCCCACCCCCAUCAUUACUAUUAAAUUUUUUUUUACCAAAAUAUUUUUUUUUCUUCGUAUGUUUUGUAGAUAUGCAUUUAGGAUCACCCAAAAAUGUUACUUUUCGUCUCUGUUACGUAUUAGACAAACUCUCGGAGAGAACUCGCGCUAAACUUCGGGACAAAGCUUCUCAGAGUGUGUGUGGGGGGAGGAGGGUGUAGCGGACAGUAUAAGAGGGAACUUGAAUUACCUCGCUAUAGAGAUAGCUUUUCUAAUGAUGCGGUAGAGCAUCUAUCUUGAUCGCAAAAGUUAAGCAACGGCGAGCGUGAUCAGCCCUUGGAUGAGUGUUUGAAACACUUUACAAUGCUGUAAUGCGCACUAUGUCAGAGAAUUUUCAUGUGCAAGUAAAUUUCAAUUUUUCUGUGUCCUGUGGGGAUCCGGGUGAUCCUCAGUAUCCCUUGCUUGUCGUAAGAGACCACUAAAUAGGGUGGUACUCCGGAUGAGACCGCAAAAACCGAGGUCCCGUGUAACAGCAGGUGUAGUCCGAAAUAUAUGACGUUUUCCUGGUUUUUUAAUGAUUUUUUUAUGAUUGACCGUGCCUGUAAAUAUCAAAAUCAUUAAAAAAAAGGUCAGAAAAACGCAUCUAUUUCGAACUAUAGCAGGUGAAGCACGUUAAGGAACCCUCCCUUCUCAAAGGCAGUAAGCACCAAGCAUAGGCCUACAUUUUGCAGUCCCGUGACAUCUCCACAUGAGUGAAAUAUUCUUGAGAGGGGUGAAAUAUGGUGGUUGAUUUGUGCCAUUUUAUAGUUUGUCGUCUUUUCGAGGCGAGAAGACGACAAAUUACAGGCGAAAAGACGACAAACAAAACCUGCAUAUUAGCGACCUACAUUAUCGUCUUUUCGCUUGGCGUUUUAUUGUCUUUUCGAGGCGAAAAGACGACAAAAUGAGAAGUCGACAAAACGAUUAUUAGCGACUUUUCGCCACGAAAUAACGAAAAGUCGACAAGACGACAAAAUAUAGAUUUUCCCGUUAUUUUGCUAUCUGAUUUUCUAGGAAUUCAAUAUGAUUUUUUUUAAUUUCAAACAAUCACUGCAUACACACAUGUACAUCAUGGCUGGAAGACAUGGAAACAAACUAUUGGUAAAUUAUUAAAUACAUGUAUCUUCAAAUAAACAUUUCCAGUUCAACCAUCUUGUUUUGAACACAUCAGCUUUGUUCUUCAAAUUUAUAUGUUUUUAAGUAAUUGACUACAUUCUGAAAUAAUAUUUUUUCCUUUUUCUUUUGGAAUAUAUACCUUUUGACAAGCAAUAUCAUUAGAUUAACUAGGAAGACCUAGUAUUACUGUAAUUGCAUCAUAAUUUAGUCUUUUUCUACAUUUUUCAAAUAUCCAUUUUUCUAAAAGGGACCAUAAUGGACAAACAUUUUGGCAAUAAAAGAAAACAUGCAGAAUUGUUUCAGCUUCAAUUCAACACAGAGAACAUAAAUUAUCAUCUCUGAUUUUUGACAGAAAUAAGUACUUAUUUGUGCCUAGGAUUCUAUGAAUAAUUCUAAAAUUGAACCAUAUUAACCUAAUGUAAUUGAAAAAUAUUUUUUAUGAAUCUGUUCCCA